GUCUUCAGGGUCACUAGUGGCCAAACGUACGACUACUAUGUAGUCAAGGUUACUUGAGGGAAAAUGAGUACAUUUGACAAAAUAUAUCGUAGUGUAGUGCCAAUAAAGUUUUUCAGUGAAGGAUGGGGUGCUCCUGAUACUUUGAUGAGGUUGAUAGAAAAUAUGAAAGUUGUGACUAAUCGAGAUAAAUAUUGUUCAGUGAACAUCAGCGCAGACGUUCAUAUUGAAAAAAAAACUGAGAACAACCGCACUAUACAGAUCGAAGGGUCAUUCAUGUCUCCAUUCGAUUCAGUCAUAUCUAAUGCACUAAAAGGUGAUAACAGGAUCGCAAGGUUUCAAAUGAUCAUUCCUAAGAAGUGGCCCACAAAUUAUCGCGCAGUUUGUGUACACUUUUCUGGAACCGGUGAUCAUAACUAUUAUAGGAGGAGAAUUUUUCUCGCCAAUAAUUUAAUAAAAGACGGAAUAGCGUCCAUCAUCUUGAUGAAUCCGUUUUACUCUAAGCGCAAACCCGACGAUCAACAAGGUUCUAGUCUGAAGUUUGUUUCUGAUCUGUUCAUCAUGGGCGGAGCUUUAAUUAUGGAAUGCAGCGCAUUGUUAGAAUGGUGUGAGCGUAAUGGCUACGGACCGUUUGCACUUCACGGAAUUUCAAUGGGUGGUUAUAUGUCAUCCCUGUGUGCAACCGUUUGGCCGAAACCUAUUUCCCUAAUUCCUUGCUUGUCUUGGACUUCAGCAUCAUGCGUGUUUUUAGAGGGUAUUUUAUCGAAUACAGUAGAUUGGCCUGUGUUAACAAAACAAUAUUAUUCUGAUUCUGUAUAUUCUGAUGUAAUCCGACCUCGAAUUCAACCACCUAUUCCAGAAUUUUAUAAAACAACUGAUGAAACUUUUAAUGAUAAUUUGGGUGACAAUCUUCAAUAUUCAACCAUUUCAAUAAACUCUUUACAUUCAAAGCACUCAAAUCCUGUAAAUGUUGCUCCUUUGGCUACAUUCUCAAAACAAUUGGAUUCACGUUUACAUCCUAUUAAAAGAAAUCCUUUAAAAUCAUCAUACUCAAGUUUUCAAGUUCGUGAUCUAUUGUCUCAGUUUAUUAAUAUAUCUAAUUCAACCUCCCAGUUAUCGUCAUCCCAUUCUAAUACACACAAAUUUACUAUUGCUCAGAAGUUUCUUCCCAGCUUUAUGUAAGUUGAUGUGAGAUUUUAGUUUAUUUUGAUUUGAACAACUCAUAUUGUAGUGAACGAAAACACAAGUGGAGACAACCAAAUGUAUUUCAAUAAAAUAUUACAAAAUCUUUUAGUAAAAUCUGAGAACCAUACAGUAAAUACUUCAUUUGCAAAAUGUCAACCAAUUGCAUCAGGAUUGAUUGUUCCUUCGUUUCUACAACAGUCACUUUCUGUUCUCGUUCUCUUCUCUUCAAUCUCUUCAAUUUUAUGCCGCCAUGCAUUUCACUUUCGAUUUGCGCUACAUACUACUUAUGUCUAUCGACGUCAGUAGUCCACAUCACAAUAUAUACGAACAGUAUUGUUUUAGAUUAGAUCGUCAUCAGGUUUUACUGUAUUUAAGAUCAAUAUUUAUGUGAGUAUAUGAAAAUACUAACCAAUCAAAGCAAUUAAUGAGUCAAUGAACACAGUGAAAUAGAUUGUAUAAUAGGUAAAAAGUACAAAUUGAUAGUAAGAAGACAGGCGUAGUAGUAGUAGUAGUAGUAGUAAUCAUAAGGGUGAGUAGAUAUCACUGAUCUACUAGGAGAUUUCAAUGCAGGGUUGUCUGUAUAGAACGUCCUAUUAACUACUCUUGUUAAUCUAUUAUGUAGGACAUCACCAGCCACACCAUUGUUGAAUUGUGGUUUUAAAAAUAUAGGUUUCCUACCGGUGAAUAAUAUUUCCAGCUUAUUUUUGCCAACAUACAUGUACUUUUUUUCUAGAAAAUUCUCGGAUAAUUUUCAUUUAUAUAUUCAAUAUUUUGGUUACUUGUUGGCCUAGAAUCCUUACUUGCUUGCCUAAUAAAAUCAUUUGACAUUAUGAUUACUUAUCGAUGGUAAGUCAGUUUAUCACUUAUAAACGACAUAGACUUUAGUAAAAGUACGUAUCAGUUCAAGUUCCCAUAUUUCACCUUAGGACAUCAAAAAUUAAAUUAAAAUAAGAAAACCAAAGCAAUCUCAAUGCCAAUAUAAAUGGUAGCUUUUGUGAGAUAUAUUCUUGACGUUGUUAAUAAUGUUCACUUGCAAACUAUAAAUCAACAUUGGUAUUCAAUGAAUUCGCAAGUUUCUCCAUGGCUUUUCGUUCUCUGUCUUCUCUGAAAGUUACUUUGUUAUGAUACUUGGUUUAUCGGGUCUCUUUCCUUUAUUAAGAUUUGUGGAAAUUUAAGUUUAUUUUUAUGUAAAAGGUUCUGAAGUUUAUUAAACAACCAAUCGCUCGUCAUCUAAUGUAUCUCCAUAAUGUUUUACAUGCACUUUUACUACUUGUCCACAUUGUGGAAUUUUAAUUAGCUAAAAUGUUCAGUUACUACUUUCACAUUUCAGAUACACUGGUCUUCCGAAUUCUUUGUCUACAUUUAAUUUCAAUACAGUUUUUCGUUAUCAGUGGAAUAGUUAUCGAUGGCAUAAAGAAAUUUCAUUACUUCCACGUGUUUCUUUACCAAGUGUUAGUUUUCCGCGUACAGAUUUAUCACCAGAUCCGGAAGUUCGACAGUUUCUACGUGAUCUUCUAGACUAUUUUACUCAUUUAGGAAAUUUUUCUCCAGUAAUAGAUUCUCGACUUGUUCUAUCUGUUGCAGCUGAAUAUGAUGCAUAUGUUCCAAGAGGUAGUGUUUGUUCACUGAAAAAAGUAUAUCCUAAUGGUGAAAUUCGUUAUUUGCCACAAUCUGGUCAUGUUGGUGCUUAUGUGAAAAAUUCUCUUUGGACAAAUGAUUUCAGAAAAGCAAUAAGUGAUUGUUUAAAUCAACAAGUACAUUUAUAUCAUCAUGAACCUGGACCAUUUGGUCGAAUGAACACAUCUCGUAAGAAUAUUCAACUUAUUAAACGUUAGUUUCUAUAUAAAUUUACUAUGCUGUAUAGAUUAAAUAUUAUAGGUUUCGUUGUGUUAUUAUCACCAUUAUUUCUUUACUAGUCACUUUCUGCUCUCUGUUUUUUGUAAACUGAUUUAUCAGUAAUUUGUUUGUUCUUCCAAAAUGCUUUUACUAUUUAUAGCACAUAGUUUAUAAAUAUUAUUUCACCUUGGGUUUACUAUUCUUACCAAAAUAAAUUUGUCUAUUUCCCUACGCCAAUUAUUUUCUAUAAGAGGAUUAGUGUGGGAUGGGAGGGGGGCUUUGUUUAUUUUCUAGACGACCUUUAUGCAUAUGUAUUAUAUUAUAAUAUUAACACUCAUAGUGCUCGUACAUAUAUAUUAACUCUCUUCUGAAUUUUCAAGUGAAAUCAAACAUGCCCUUUGGUUCUGAAGUACAAUACUUUAGCCAUCACUCCUUCCACUACUAACCAGUGGUUUCAUCUUUUAGAUUCUGAGAAAAAAUAUAUCACAAUGCGACCGAUAUACAGAUUUCAAUGAGCUGAUAUUUUGUUAUUUUUCCGGACUGUUACUGCCGUUCGUGAUGACGUCCCACAAAUAGAUCGUACGUCUCCGGCCCCAGGCUUCUGCCUUCUGGGCUUUGUAAUCACGCUACCAGGUAUUGAUGCCAACAUCUAAUAUAGUUUCUCCAGGUCCAUAAAGAAGACGUACUCUUCACUGAUGUGGGGGGCAGAUGUGGAUUCUCAAUCACUAUCAUACCUAUAGGGCCACCCAAGGUCAUCUUGUUCAAGAUAGAAUCCUUCGUAAUAUUACUCCUGUCUCCACGACUAGCCAUUCUCAUUUAACUUCGUCAUCAUGCUCUACCAUAUUUAGCUAACCGAGUUUGUUAUGAAUAAAAGAGAUAAGUUACACAGGAAUGACCACGACUGCAACGCUGAGCCAUGCCAUCCGAUGGAUUGAGUUAAUGCUCCCGCUUUACAUAGUUAGCCUUCUCUUCGUGUCAAUUGUUGAAUAUGUCUUCCCUAAUUAUAUUCUCGGCUUCAAAUGUCGUGUGGCUAGGGUCCAAUGCCAUUACAAGUCCAAACCACGGUGAAAGAAAAUUGGUUGAGACUUACAGUUUAGAGGCUCAAGGAACAGUUUAUAAUGACUUCGACUGUUCUGAAAUUAACGUUUAUUUCUAGUGAGCAUCAACUGUAAGGAAGACAUGUUGACUGUCACAAUCGGUUCAGAAAAAGAUUCAUGAGACUACACUGCUAUCAAUCAUCUUUGGGAAGGCACCAUGCGAAGUGAUUUCUGUCAUUUUGGUGCGUGUGGACAGUGUUGUUGUGUGCAUCGUGGAAUCAAUAAUCCUCAGUCUAAUGCCGAAAGUCUUCUGUUUCGUUGCGGUUAAAGAGACUCAUCACAAGACUGUCUCCCAUUUUUAGAGAAUGUGCUUAGACUGCAAUCAUGCUCUGGUGCUAGUACAUGUUCUUCUGCAUCAACAAAAGUGCAACAUUAAGAUUACCCUUUACACUUUAGCCUGGUGAUAAAAAAUUCGGGAUACCAUUUCAAAAACAACUAGAGAAGCACUUGGUCAACCAUGAGUGUAAUAUCAACUCCAAAGUGGUUUUGUAUGACAUCCAAAACAGUCGUGAUAACUGUUAGUAACUUAAACCAAAAGGCUAGAAAGCAUCAGUUGAUUUCCGUACACCUACUGAACUGACAGAUGCUCG